CGUGAGCAAAUUUACUUUCUUAUUUUAUUACUCGUGUCAACAUUUUAGAUAUUAUCCGAUUUGGUGUAUCAUGUUUUAAUACGUAUAUUGUGCUAUCGAAAUGGUAUUGUUGCCGCCGUGCGUGCCUGAGCUUUGCGGGAAGGAUUUCCGGCAUUCGUUGAAGAAGCCGAGUCCAAAUUAUCCGUAUGGGCACAAGAAGAGAGUGCGGGUCGUGCCCGCGUUCACGAUUCAAGCUAUGCAGAAGAACACUAAGGUUGUGCCGCCUCCAAAAUGCGGCGUGUUCGACCCGCUGCCGGCGAGACCGACAAUGUUCAGGAGAUGUUAUCAAAGGGGCGAAUUUCCCGUCUCUAUUGAGUUCACUAGUAGCGGAAAGCGUCUCCAAUGGAAGGUGCCUAUCGAAAAAUUGGAUUUCCAUCACUAUCUGCCAAUGUUUUUCGACGGUCUAGCAGAAGGCACAUAUCCGUUUAAUUUUAUCGUCGAGAAGGGCAUUCACGAUCUGGUGACGAAAGGAUCUUACAAAAUACUCCCGGUUGUUCCUCAGCUUAUUAUACCUAUUAAAAAUGCGCUAGCGACGAAGCGACCCACGGUCCUGUGUCACGCGCUCAAGUGUAUCCAGAUGUUGGUGACAGGCAGCGACCGCGUGGGGGAAGCCCUAGUGCCGUAUUACAGGCAGAUACUGCCAGUACUCAAUCUGUUCAAGGAUAGGAACCGUAACAUGGGCUCAGGCAUAGACCAUACAUCAUCUCGAGGGGAGAACGUAGCUGACCUGAUCGAAGAGACUCUACAAAUAUUGGAGCGCUAUGGAGGACCUGAUGCCUUCAUUAAUAUCAAAUACAUGAUCCCUACUUAUGAAUCUUGCGUACUGAAUUAGAUGCUAUUGUCCAUUGAAUUUGUUUUGGAAUUCUAUAGGGAUACGAGUUUAAGGGGGUGAUAAUUAUUUUUACAGAUUUUCACCUAUUAAAUACGAGUUACUUUGAUUAUAGUAUAUGAAUCUUUGUUUAUAAUGUUAAUGCUACUGCAAUACUAUGAAAUGCAAAUUUCAAUAAAUUAAUUAGAUACCCAAAUUAGCUUUAUUAAAGUUAAGAAACGUUAAUAGUUUCUUAACGCUUCUAGUCACUGAAAAACAAAAUAUUUUCGAAAUUAAAAUUGUAGAGAAGUAAAUGUUUUUUGUCAAGUCCAAGUCUUCAAUUAAAA